GUAUAACUGUACGAUAGUGUAUUCAGUUGAUAUCAGUAAUUUUGUCUUGAAUUGAUUAUUACAGCACAUAUUUAAAAUUCAUGCCGCAUUGCGUUUUUCAAUUUUUUGUUUGGUACUUGUUGAAUUAAACACGUAAAAAUGCUUACCAACGAAGAGCAGAAGGAAUGUAUUCAAGAAAUUUUCAAAUGUAUUUUCAUGAAUGAUUUCGUUAAACUCCAGGAAUUAUUUUCCAAAUACGAUAUAAGAACUGACAUUUUAGACGAACAUGGAAUGACACCUUUGCAACACGCUGCUUACAAAGGAAAUGAACAAAUAGUUCGCUGGUUAUUAAGCAAAGGUGCUGAUGUUAAUUCUGGAAAACAUAAAUAUCAAUAUACUGCAUUACACUUUGCAGCAUUAAGUGGUAAUCCCAUUGUUUGUAGUUUAUUGUUGAGUGCAGGUGCAAAAAGUGAAGCUACUAACUCUGUUGGUCGAACAGCAUCUCAAAUGGGUGCUUUUGUUGGAAAUCAUAAUUGCGUUUCUGUCAUUAGUAACUAUGUUCCUGUAGAUGAAGUCAUGCGUUAUACAUUUCCAGAUUCUGUUGAUAGUGAACCAAAAUUGCCUCCUGUUUUAGGUCCAUUAGUUCAUAAGUUCAUUAUGAUGACUAAUAUUCAUCCAGUCAAAGUGGCAAUGGAAAUUCCUCCUGUAUUUUUAGCUGAUGAUAAUGCAUCUAAAAUAUAUAAAGUCUUGAAUAUUAUGUGUGAAGAAGAAAUAAAAAAACAACUUGAAAAAAAUGAAGUGAUGGCGUUUAAAUACCAUUAUUUAGCUGCUAUAUUGAUUGAAAUAGCCAAAUACCAUGAUUUCAAAGGUGAUAAGCAAUCAGAACCCAAAGAACAUUUCAUUAAAAAAAUUUUGAAAAGUGAAGUCUAUUUGGAACAAUUUUUGAAAGACUGUAUUAGAAUGUUUCCUCAUAGAGAUUGUACUAUCUUUAGACAGAUGGUGGCUAGCUUAACAAAAGGCAAGGAAAGUAUGAGUGCUUUAAAUGUUAUUUUGGUGAUGAUUGGUAAUAGACGUAGUAUGGGAGUUGAUUCUUUUGGAGAAGAACGUGUUUGUGGUACCUGUGCAGAAAAUAAUGCUUCUAAAAAAUGUGCCAAAUGUAAAGCUGUGCAAUAUUGUGACCGUGAGUGUCAGCGCAUUCAUUGGUUUGUACACAAAAAGGAAUGUAAUCGUGAAGCUAAUAGUGGAAAUAAUCAAACAAUGGUUGAUAGUGCACAUGUAGCAGAGAGUUUAUCAGCAUUGGGCGUUAAAUGAAACUUUUUACAAAUACAAUAUUUUAAUUGAUAAUUAUUUAAUAUAUCCCAUUUGACAGUUUCAAAUAUGAUGUAUAAUUAUAUAAUUGAAAGUUAAAUUUUAACUUUAUUGUACUUUUAGCUUAAGUUUAACUUAAUUCUCUUAUUAGUUACUUAAGAGUCAAAUAUUUUUAUUUUAUAGUAUUGUUGUACAAACAUUUAAUACAUAUUGAUUUGUUUA